AUGUGGUUCGUUCUAGCAUUUCUAUUCGUCCUGCAAUCUGUCUAUUGCAUGAGAGAUGCAGAAGAGACCGAAUGGAAUCGUUAUGGUUACCUUGUCAAGGUCCUGUCACAAUCUCCCGUCAAUGAGUCUCGCGUCAUUGGAUGUACUGGCACGCUGAUAACUCCAUCAUUGAUCCUCACCUCAUCUAAAUGCAUUGCCACUGAUGAAGAUGGAGAAGCGGGAAACACCGCUAUGUCCAUCUACUCCGAAAAGGAUCAACGUAACAGAAAACGAGCAGUCAGUUCAAUCACGCAAAUUGAUCGCAUCGCUGUACUUGAGAUCAUCGCCAUCAGGGAUAAGAUGUGCCCACCUCCACCGGCACCUGCAAGGCUGAGCAAGCUGUCGAUGAAUGUUACUCUUACUUCGAUUCCGUGGCAGCCUGUAGAUCUUGAAGUGCUUCCGGAGAAGAAGUGCCGGAUUAACGGCUUCAAAACUACCGAAGCGCAGAGCAAAAGAACGCCCGUACAUUCAGUGAGCGAUUUCUCUACUGAACACGAAACAAUGCAAGCUGAAGUGCAGGUGGUCAAAGAUGAUGGUGGAAUCGUUGUCGAAGACGACAUCGGUCUUCCACUUGAAUGCAUGCUCGACGGUGAAACGUGGACUCAAGUCGGUUUCUUGGAGUCGGUCACAAAAGUGAAUUUGAGAUUCCUCAUGUUCGACAGCAAUGAACUUGCUAAGAUGCUUGACGAGCAUGCGAUCGACGUACUGUUAGCAGCGAAGAAAUGCUUUUCCCGAGAUGCUCCUCGGUCCAGCAUGACUCAGUGA